AUGCGAGAAAUGGACAAGGGGUACCACGACAACCGCGUUCGUGGAACUCAAGUUCGCCAGCUGGAACCACCACAGACAGGAGAGACAAAUGAAGAAAAGGAAAUGUCCAUGGAGAACUUUGAGCGAAUAAUACAUGACAUACCAGGAAGUGAGAAGGUCCUUGUGGGAGCUGAUUUCACCGGACAUGUAGGCAAAAGAUCAGAUGGGUACCAAAGAGUACAUGUUGGUAAAGGGUAUGCCCAGAGGAACACAGAGGGAGAGAGAGUCCUAGAAUGUGCCGAAAGCCUUGACAUGGCAUUUGUCAAUACCUUCUACCAAAAGAAAGAUGAACAUCUCAUCACAUACAAGAGUGGGCAACAUGCCACACAGAUUGACUACAUGAUGAUAAGAAGAGCGGACAUGAAGAGUGUCAGGAAUUGUAAGGCCAUUCCAGGAGAGGCAGUUGUGAUACAGUAA